CGUCGCCGUCGUCGUACUCGUGCUGUACUUUAAAAGGAAAAUGAUGUUACAACAUCAGCUACACAGUAUGUCAUGGAAGAUAAACUUACUAGAUCUCCAGCUCCAAGUCCAUCGCAGUAAACUCGGAAGCCGCAUGACAUCAAAGUCUUUGGAUUUCUCCCGGCGAAGUAGCGUUUCAUCUCUGACGUCGGGCACGCAGCAGCAUCAGAUAUUCAUGACAACAGCAAAAUACCAUGGUUUGGUAGUCGCGAUUAAAAAUAUCAACAAGUCCUAUAUCACCGCCACUGAAAAAGUUACCAUGGAAAUAAACCAGAUGCGCAGUUUAAAAAACACCAAUGUCAAUCCACUUAUUGGUGCAAGUAUUGAAGUUGAGAAGAUAUUCCUCGUGUCCGAGUAUUGUAGCAAGGGAAGUCUCCAGGACGUUCUACAAAACGACCAUAUCAACCUUGACCGCAUCUUCAAAAUAUCAUUUGCGUCGGACAUUGCCAAGGGAAUGAUCUUCAUCCACCACUCGAUUAUCCAGUGUCAUGGCCGCCUCAAAUCCACCAAUGUGUUGGUUGACAGUCACUGGGUGUGUAAGGUUGCCGAUAUGGCUAUGCCAGUCUUCCGAGAGGGAGAGCGAGACGAUGAUCAGGGAAAGCAUGCUCUCUACAGAAAAAUGCUGUGGACGGCGCCGGAGUUACUACGUAAUCCGGAUGAGUUUCCAAGGGGUACCCAAAAGGCAGACGUGUAUGCAUACGGAAUAAUUCUACAGGAAAUCCUGACGAAAUCUGAGCCGUAUAGCUGUUCUCUGGAUGAACCGAGUGACAUAGUGGCGAGAGUUAAGGAGUUGGAACAUCCCCCUUACCGCCCUAAGGUACCUCAGGAUAGUGCCGAGGAUUCAGUAUUAGAUCUGAUGAGAAUCUGCUGGGAGGAGACCCCCAUGUUACGACCAAACUUUGACACCAUUGCCUCCACACUCAAGAAGUGCACCAAGGGAAAAAAUACAAACCUGGUUGACCAGAUGAUACAUAUGAUGGAGAAAUACUCAGAACAUCUCGAGGAGGUGGUAGAGGAGCGUACAGUACAGCUGGAGGAGGAACAGAGAAAGACAGAAGAACUACUGAGUCGGAUGUUGCCCAGGUCAAUAACCAACGACCUAAAGAUUGGUAGGAUGGUGGAGCCGGAGACGUACGAAGAGGUGACGGUAUUUUUCAGCGAUAUCGUCGGCUUCACGGCCCUCUCGUCAGACAGCACUCCGGUAGAGGUUGUGAACUUCCUGAACGACUUAUACAUAUGUUUUGAUAAAAUCAUCGAACAUUAUGACGUCUACAAGGUAGAGACAAUAGGCGAUGCAUACAUGGUCGUUUCGGGACUGCCAGCACGAAACGGAAACCAACAUGCCGGGCAGAUUGCAAGUUUAGCACUGGAGCUGCUAAACGCCGUCCUCACCUUCAGAAUACGUCACCGUCCAGAUAAACAGCUACAGCUUCGCAUCGGAAUACACUCAGGUCCUGUGGCGGCUGGAGUGGUGGGACUAAAAAUGCCACGCUACUGUUUAUUUGGGGAUACCGUCAACUACGCCUCGAGGAUGGAAUCCACAGGACUUGCUCUGAAGAUACACGUUAGUCCAGAAACGACUAAAAUCCUGAAGGAGGUUGGAGGAUUCCAUCUAAAGUUGAGGGGUCCUGUUCCAAUGAAGGGCAAAGGAACAGUGGAAACAUUUUUCUUGGAAGGUAAGGACGGGUUCAACAAACCCCUUCCUGUUGUUUCAGAAGACGGGCUCAACAAACCCGCUCCUGUUGUUGCAGGGGACGGGCUUAACAAACCCACUCCUGUUGUUGCAGAGGAUGGGCUCAACAAACCCAUUCCUGUUGUUGCAGAGGACAUGCUCAACAAACCCGUUCCUGUUGUUGCAGAGGACGGACCAAAUAAGAUCCUUCCUGUUGUUGCAGAGGAAGAAUCGAGUGUGAAUUGACUGACAUUUAUAUAUUUACUACUGUAGUCAGAGUUGUAUGUGGUAUGUGUGUAGAUAUGUAAUGGCAGAGGUGAAAAAGUCGAAAAAAAUGGUGACAGCGGUGGGAUGUGUAUCUUAUGAAAUACGUUGUUAAUUGUUGAGAUAUUACUGGAUCAAAGUUUUGAAAAUGGUGAUAAUGUCAACGAAGUGAUAAUUAAGAUGCUCAUGGAUCUCACUACAAACCCUUACAACGAGGUAAUUUUACCGAACUGUAGACAAAAUAUGGACAUGGUCAAAAGAUACUUAUAUAUAUUAUAUGCACCACAUAAGACGAUUUUGUCUAGCAACAAUGAAAAAAGAUUUUCUUGGGUUAAGAUAGUCUAUACAUGAACCCGAUAUCAAUAAUAAUUAAAGAAGACAGCAAUGAUAUACAUGAAAACAAAGCAAACUAUCAGGGGCCAAAAAAGAUUCGAAUUGCAGACGUUUACAAAAUAUAUACAGCUGUCGGACGUUAUGUUCAUUAGACCAGAAAUCGCAUACAGGGAGCGGUAACCAAAAGAAACUUUACGCUUAUAAAACGGCAACUGUUCGAAUAUUCUAUUAUUGAGCACUUUCCAAUCGGAAGAUCACUAAUAUAUUUUAUAUUCUAUUUCUUGGACGAAGUCAGUCCUCGGAUAGGAAAGUAAAAAAAUAUUAUUAAGGUCGGGGAAAGUUAAAACCCUCUGUUUUCAGAAAUAACUAUAUAUAAAUAGCGAUCGAUCUCAGUCUUUCCAAUUUUGAUUAUUGUUAAAUAAUAUAUUUCCCGUUUUCUCAACUGGCCACUUUAGACAAAACACUGUUGCGUGACCGCCAGUAGAUAUUUAAUAAGUGUAAAGAGUUACUCCGUCCACUUCACCGCGAUGCCGAGAGGUUAACGCGUCUGACCGUCUACGAUCACUAGCCACCCACCACUAGGUUACUGGUUCGUGACCUACGUGGGGCAAUCGCGAUCGCCAGGUGCUGGUAGCAGGUCGGUGUUUUUUCUCCGGGUACUCCGGCUUUCCUUCAUUACCAAAACCUGGCACGUCCUUAAAUGACCAUAGCUGUUCAUAGGACGUAAAGCACUAACAAACAAACUUAACUCCGUCCAAUGAACAGGUUAUUCAAGUUUGAUAUUGCUUACGUCAUUUUUAUUAUCUUUCAUGAGAUUGUACUAAAUAGAUUAUUCCUUUGUAUGUCAAGGUCAAAGCUAUGCAUGUGUCUAUAAGUUUGCUUCCUAAGUCUAACCUCAUCUUCACAUACUUGUUAGAAGUAGACACCGAAGCAUUUUUUCUAUUCGUCCUAUAAAGGCCAUGUUCAUUCAAGAUAACUCAUUUCUUGACAGAACAUUUCAGCUUUUGAAUUGUGUGUAUGGCUUCGACUUUUCCAAACGUUACCAAGCUAUAAUACAUAGGUUUUGUGAGUGGUAGAUACCUUUGUAUUUUUUAGGUUAUUCCGUCAAAGGUCAAAAACUCUUACACAUACAGUUUAUUUUGCACGUGCAUAACUAUAUCAAAUGUGUAUAAAAAUACAAAGUGGAUCCCGGGCUUUUGACUGGGCAUCCUAUAUUUUGCCCAUAAAACGAUUAGCGGGAGUCGACUAUGAGGACCAGCCGGUGGUAUUGUCAUAGUUACUGAUGUUUACAUGUUAUUAAGUAGCGGACAAUAUGAGAUUACUAUUUUCCUAAUUCCUUGUUUAUUAACUUUUUUGUA